GGGGCGAAGCUCGGUGCAGCAGGGGCAGGACGCGCACACUCGCGCUUUUUGGCCCCGCACACCUACGCGCGCACCAAUUCCGACGCCCGCGCACUUCAAAUGCCGUUCUCCUACUACAAGCGUUAAUGAGCUCCUGACCACAUGAGCACGUUUAGAGAGUCUCAACUGAUAUUGAGAACAUCACCCUUACCCUGCCCCUCAUGUUCUUGUAAAACUUAAAUAUAUCACCAGUGGCUACCUGAGAAACUUUAGGAAGUUCCUUGACAUCCCUGCGAGGCUGUCCCGCAAAGUGAAGCGUGCAGCUUGCAGUUCACAGCGCAUCCCUGUGCAAGCAGGACAUGCGAGACACGCCGAUUUAGCUCAUGACCGCCGUUUGAAGUAAAACAAAAAGAAAAAGAAAUCGACAGAGUUGUGUGGGCUGUGCAUGGUGGUCUAAUAUCGUCUCGACACGGACUUCCACCAAAUCGGCGCAUCUUCUGCGCGCGUGCAGCUGCUCAGUCUGGCUUCUGUGUUGGCAAGAACGCGCCCAGUGCACGAAGCCUCGUCGGACCCCGUUUGGUCGGCACCGCUGGAGAUGUGCGUGUUCGGCUCGGUCGUCGUCGUCAUUGGCGCGUUCCUGCUUCACACCUUGGGCGAGAAUAAAUACGACCUGUAUGCUGCCAUGGAACCUCAGUCAGGGUACGGGCCAAAGGAGCCCGAUGUGUACUCCCGCUACGUGGCCUUCCUGACCGAACGAAAUGCCGGGCCGAGCGUCAAACAGCAGCUGGCUACGAAGCAGUCGCAUCCCAAUCCGUCCCCGGCAUCGCAGAGUGCGAAGGCCGAUCACGCUGGCCUUCCGUCUUGCGAGCUGCCUGUACCUGCGCCAAGCACGGUCGAUCGAUGGAAGUCCGCCGACGCACUCGGUGCAAUGGAACGAGCGGACACGGCAGCCGACGCCUCCGCGCUGCACACGACCACAGCACCCAGCGGGCUCACCCUUGAGGAGGACGCCCAUCGCACGGGAAACGCGGCGACGGUGGCUACGACGACCCUCGCAGAAACGAACAUGGCAGCGACGUUGAGCGAGGCGAAGGACUCGGGGACUUUCUCUUCGAAGAAGAUGAGCAAAGUGUCCCACUGAAUGUUAGAUCGGGUGAAGCUGCGACGAUUUAUUACUGUGCGCUUCUUAAAACAUUGGUUGCUUUUGCGAAAUGACCCGCAAACUAACCGACACACGGUACUAUGGUGGCGUGAGUCUGCUGCCUUUGGGAUCUUUGCUGGCGCACGCAUUGCUAAUACUAUUGACGAAAAUAUAUAAAGUCGAAACGGAACCUGCGCGCUCCGAUUUGUAUUACACGACUGAUAACAAUUGAAAUGAUAGCGCAGUCUUGUCUCGGCCACGUUGUCUCACCUUGCCAAUUUCGGCAGACAAGAGGUCCAAAGGUGAUUUUGUUUCGUUAUUUCGAUGUUUUCAUUCCUUCGCGUUCUAGUGAAGUGACGAGAAAAUUUGAAGCAAGAGCGAUUUCCCUUUUUCUGAAGGUGCUGGGUUGUGUGUCUGCAUGUUGCGUUGCAAAUAAUGCUGAGACGAAAUAGCACUGACGCCUUGUUAUUGCACGCGAGUUGCUCUUAUGCUGGUAUCUUGUUACGUACACUAAACUACAAAGGCACGCUUCUUCCUGGGGAUAUCUCUGACAUAGUGUUUCGCGAAUGCUGGACGGUAGCUCGUAGACAUGGCCAGAAAUCCGGGACACGAGACGCCCAGCACCCUCUCCCGGUGUGUCUCCGCUCGAAGCGGAGACCCACCGCUUCAACAUCGUCAUCGGCUCAUGUUCGGUAUUUCUUGGGAUAGAAAUCAAGAAAGUUAUAUGUUUUUUGGACAGACAAACCUACUGAAGGUAGCCACGCACGAUUUCUUUACAUAAUGGGGCAGGGAAAGCAUUUGGCUAUUCAGUAGGAUGUUCAUAACUUCAAAUGGCUUAAAAGAAUUGCCGCCUACACGGAAUAUAAGGCUUAUGCUAUGUUGGUUUUGCAUUGACAAAAUAAAAAAAAAGUUCGUUAAGUGGAACCAUUGAGCAAUGUGAAUUGAGCUAUGCAAUCAUUGAGCUAUUGAGGGGGCACGAGACCAGCGUUGGCAGCGUUGUGCUUAAUGGACACGUUCUUGCACUGCAGGCGGUAUUAUCACAUGUCUUUUCUUGGCUCUCGUAAGCUCCCGAAUUCCGGACUGGCCUUGCCUCACCAUUCCCGAGCUUCAAAUAAAGCCAUGGCUCCUACACCGAUGUGCCUUUACUGGAUUCAACUUCCGCCGUAGUUGC